CAUACUGACUGUCGGAUAUAAUGAAUUUGAUAAAUCCUAUUUAAUGUGAAAACACCGCCUUGAUGUUAUGCCACAAUUACAAGUUCCCACUUCACUUAUUUCAUACUCUAACUUGCUCUAAUAUUCCCCAUAAGCAGUUGGAAACCACCAACUCAUAAAUGCGAUUACUUGCUCCUCAUCCAUUCCAUCCCAUACAGUUAAAUCAACCACAUUAUAUGACUAUUUAUAUCCAACACACUGAACAAUUUCAUUAAAAUUAGAAGAAAAUGAUUCCAUUAUUCUCUGCUUCUCUUUUAAUCUUAUUAGCUCCAGUUUAUGAGGCCAAUAAGCAGGCGGACAACCUCAGAAGCUUCAUCAAAACAAGGAGCUCGUCGCCGACAGUUUUCGACGUGUGGCCAGAGUUCGCCGGUGGCAUCUCGACGCCGAUUUUCGUCGGGGGGCAGGAGGGGAAGAUGGAGGCUGACAGAAUUGGAAGGCUUCCCGGGCAGCCUGAUGGAGUUGAUUUUGAUCAUUAUGCAGGGUAUGUGAAUGUUGAUCCGAAGAAGGGAAGGGAACUGUUUUAUUACUUUGUUGAAUCGGAUCAAGAUUGGGAUAAAAAACCACUUCUUUUGUGGUUAAAUGGAGGCCCGGGAUGCUCUUCACUAGGCUUUGGAGCUAUGCAGGAAUUAGGACCCUUUCGAGUAAGAAGCGAUGGAAAAACGCUUUUCAGGAACAUAUAUUCAUGGAACAAAGUGGCGAAUGUUCUAUUCCUGGAAUCACCAGUCGGGGUUGGCUUCUCAUACUCGAAGAAAUCAUCAGAUUAUAAUAAAAAUGGGGAUAAAAGAACUGCUGAUGACUCAUAUAUAUUUCUGAUAAAUUGGUUAGAAAGAUUUCCACAUUUCAAGAAUGUUGAGCUUUUCAUCGCAGGAGAGAGCUACGCUGGCCAUUAUGUUCCUCAACUUGCUCAUUCCAUCACAAUAAACAACAAAAUAUCCAAUAGAACAAACAUCAAACUUGGUGGUAUAGCGGUUGGCAACCCUUACUUAUACUACGAUAUAACUGUUUCUUCAGAGACUGGAGAUAUUGAGGACGAUAACAUAUAUGCUCCUAUUUGCCCAACAGAUUUUAUGCUCAAUUUAGACAGAACGAUGGAUGGUUUUGGUGGGGAUUUUGAUCCGUGCACAGACAACUAUGUUAAUUCUUAUCUGAACAAUCCAGGGGUGCAAAAGGCUCUUCAUGCAAAAGCUGGGGAAUGGAAAGGUUGCAGGAAUUUACACUGGAGAGAUGGGCCUACAACUAUGCUCUCUACUUUCCAGAACUUGAUUUCAACAGGCUUGUAUAUAUGGUUAUACAGUGGUGAUGUUGAUGCUGUAGUUCCCAUUACCAGCACCAAAAACUUCAUUAAAAUGCUUGGGCUCCCCAUUCUGAAACCUUGGAGACCAUGGUAUCUUAAUCAAGAAGUAGGAGGCUAUGUUGUGCAAUAUGAAGGGCUGGCUUUGGUGACAAUUAGAGGGGCAGGACAUGAAGUUCCUAGCUACCAGCCCAAAAGAGCAUUGGAAAUGAUCUCUUCUUUCCUCCUAGGAAAGCUUCCACCUUCCAGAGAAGCAAACUGAACUUUUUUAUAGCUUCUAUUAAUAUUAUGAA